CUAGACCUGUUCAAAAAAAUUUUUUGAGUUUUCGAUUUUGGGAUCUGUAUGAAAACAAAUUAUAAGUACGACUGUACGACAGUACGAGAGUACUAUAAUAGAAAUAAAAAUAAGUGACAUCUUUCUCCUUUAUUUUUUUGUUUGUUAUUGACUUGAAAUAAUAGACAGGUAUUCGUAUCUUGACUAUCUACGGCGCAUCUUCUUUGGAGGUUUCAGUGUCUCGUCGGCCAGUGGCACCUUUGCGUAUGGAGUCGAGACUUCAGUGUUGACAACUGAUAUCAGUAUCGGAGUAUCCUGCCAAACUGAGGCCUCCGCUCUCCAGGCUAGACGCAAGUGCAUCUGCCAUCUAGGAUCAGCUUGGGGACUGAUUGGACGUAACGGUCUGAGAAGCUACUUUCUGUAAUCCUUUCUGGAGUAUCCGGAACCAUCCUGAAUUAUGGUUCUCUUGGAGCCGGAGAAGUUUUUGGUCGAAUUUGAGAAAUGUUUAACUGCAUCGAAGGUCAAGAAAGGUAGCAUCAAUUUUUCCAUGAAACGGUACGAUGGCCGUACCAAGCCGAAGCCUCGCGAUCCGUCGAAAGCCCCUCCAGCCCCGACCGAAUAUUCCUGUCUCGUUCGUGCCAGUUAUGAUAAACGGAAAAUCAGCACGCAUGUCGCGCACAAAGAUUUGAAUCGCUUCCAGAUUGCCUUUUCCGCUCUCAUGCGAUCAGGUAUGAGUAAUAUCGGUAAAAAACCUGUGCAGACCGUGCCCACCGCCAGUGCAGCGCCUGUAAUCGCACCGGCCCAGGUGCCAAACCCGGUCACGACGACCGCCAGCUCACCCUCAACCUCUACAACAGCAAAAACGAAGGGUACCAAAAAGGCAUAACUGGAUGAUGAAGUAUAUUCCAGUGUCAUUCAGAUUAAUUUUUUACUCUUUCUUGAGAUCAUUUUCUUACUGCAUGUCGAAUUUCUACCAGUUACAUUGACAAUGAACUGCGUAAGAACGAAAUAAAGCUCACAACCACGU